AUGAGCACUCUAAUUGGGAAGUUGGAUAUAGAUGAUGAGCCACCGGCAGACUCAGUAGGAACUAUUAGUGAAUGGGCUGUUGAGCGCUCUAAUGGGAUGUUGGAUAUAGAUGAUGAGCCACCGGCAGUCUCAAAGUUGGAUAUAGAUGAUGAGCCACCACCAGACUCAGUAGAAACUAUUAGAGAAUGGGCUGAUGAGCGCUCUAAUGAGAGGUUGGAAAUAGAUGAUGAACCACCAGCAGACUCAGUAGAAACUAUUAGACAAUGGGAUGAUGAGCGCUCUAAUGAGAAGUUGGAUAUAGAUAAUGAGCCACCGGCAGACUCAUUGGAUAUAGAUGAUGAUCCACCAGCAGACUCAGUAGAAUCUAUUAGAGAAUGGGCCGAUGAGCGCUCUAAUGAGAAGUUGGAUAUAGAUGAUCAGCCACCAGCAGACUCAGUCGAAACCCUUAGAGAAUGGGCUGAUGAGCGCUCUAAUCGGAAGUUGGAUAUAGAUGAUGAGCCACCGGCAGACUCAGUUGAAACUAUUAGAGAAUGGUCUGAUGAGCGCUCUAAUGAGAAGUUGGAAAUAGAUGAUGAGCCACCACAAGACUCAGUAGAAACUAUUAGAGAAUGGGCUGAUGAGCGCUCUAAUGGGAAGUUGGAUAUAGAUGAUGAGCCACCGGCAGACUCAGUAGAAACUAUUAGAGAAUGGGCUGAUGAGCACUCUAAUGGGAAGUUGGAUAUAGAUUAUGAGCCACCGGCAGUCUCAGUAGAAACUAUUAGAGAAUGGGCUGAUGAGCGCUCUAAUGAGAAGUUGGAUAUAGAUGAUGAGCCACCACCAGACUCAAUAGAAACUAUUAGUGAAUGGGCUGAUGAGCGCUCUAAUGAGAAGUUGGAUAUAGAUGAUGAACCACCUGCAGACUCAGUAGAAACUAUUAGAGAAUGGGCUGAUGAGCGCUCUAAUGAGAAGUUGGAUAUGGAUAAUGAGCCACCGGCAGACUCAGUAGAAACUAUUAGAGAAUCGGCUGAUGAGCACUUUAAUGAGAAGAUGGAUAUAGAUGAUGAUCCACCAGCAGACCCAUUAGAAACUAUUAGAGAAUGGGCUGAUGAGCGCUCUAAUGAGAAGUUGGAUAUAGAUGAUGGGCCACCAGCAGACUCAGUAGAAACUAUUGGAGAAUGGGCUGAUGAGCGCUCUAAUGGGAUGUUGGAUAUAGAUGAGGAGCCACCGGAAGACUCAGUAGAAACUAUUAGAGAAUGGGCUGAUGAGCGCUCUAAUGAGGAGUUGGAUAUAGAUGAUGAGCCACCACCAGACUCGGUAGAAACCAUUAGAGAAUGGGCUGAUGAGCGCUCUAAUGGGAAGUUGGAUUUAGAUGAUGAGCCACCAGCAGCCUCAGUAGAAACUAUUAGAGAAUGGGCUAAUGAGCGCUCUAAUGGGAAGUUGGAUAUAGAUGAUGAGCCACCGGCAGACUCAGUAGAAACUAUUAGAGAAUGGGCUGAUGAGCGCUCUUAUGAGAAGUUCGAUAUAGUUGAUGACCCACCACCAGACUCAGUAGAAACUAUUAGAGGAUGGGCUGAUGACCGCUCUAAUGAGAAGUUGGAUAUAGAUGAUGAACCGCCAGCAGACCCAGUAGAAACUAUUAGAGAAAGGGCUGAUGAGCGCUCUAAUGAGAAGUUGGAUAUAGAUAAUGAGCCACCGGCAGACUCAGUAGAAACUAUUAGAGAAUGGGCUGUUGCGCACUCUAAUGAGAAGUUGGAUAUAGAUGAUGAUCCACCAGCAGACUCAGUAGAAACUAUUAGAGAAUUGGCUGAUGAGCGCUCUAAUGGGAAGCUGGAUAUAGAUGAUGAGCCACCGGCAAACUUAGUAGAAACUAUUAGAGAAUGGGCUGAUGAGCGCUCUAAUGAGAAGUUGGAUAUAGAUGAUGAGCCACCACCAGACUCGGUAGAAACUAUUAGAGAAUUGGCUGAUGAGCGCUCUAAUGGGAAGUUGGAUAUAGACGAUGAGCCACCGGCAGACUCAGUAGAAACUAUUAGAGAAUGGGCUGAUGAGCGCUCUAAUGAGAAGUUGGAUAUAGAUGAUGACCCACCACCAGACUCAGUAGAAACUAUAAGAGGAUGGGCUGAUGACUGCUCUAAUGAGAAGUUGGAUAUAGAUGAUGAACCACCAGCAGACUCAGUAGAAACUAUUAGAGAAAGGGCUGAUGAGCGCUCUAAUGAGAAGUUGGAUAUAGAUAAUGAGCCACCGGCAGACUCAGUAGAAACUAUUAGAGAAUGGGCUGAUGAGCACUCUAAUGAGAAGUUGGAUAUAGAUGAUGAUCCACCAGCAGACUCAGUAGAAACUAUUAGAGAAUUGGCUGAUGAGCGCUCUAAUGGGAAGUUGGAUAUAGAUGAUGAGCCACCGGCAGACUCAGUAGAAACUAUUAGAGAAUGGGCUGAGCAGCGCUCUAAAUGGACGUUGGAUAUAGAUGAUGAGCCACCAGCAGACUCAGUAGAAACUAUUAGAGAAUGGGCUGAUGAGCGCUCUAAUGGGAAGUUGGAUAUAGAUGAUGAGCUACCGGCAGACUCAGUAGAAACUAUUAGAAAAUGGGCUGAUGAGCGCUCUAAUGAGAAUUUGGAUAUAGAUGAUGAGCCACCACCAGACUCAGUAGAAACUAUUAGAGAAUGGGCUGAUGAGCGCUCUAAUGAGAAGUUGGACAUAGAUGAUGAACCACCAGCAGACUCAGUAGAAACUAUUAAACAAUGGGCUGAUGAGCGCUCUAAUGAGAAGUUGGAUAUAGAUAAUGAGCCACCACAAGCCUCAUUGGGUAUAGAUGAUGAGCCAAGGGCAGACUCAGUAGAAACUAUUAAAGAAUGGGCUGAUGAGCGCUCUAAAUGGAAGUUGGAUAUAGAUGAUGAGCUACCAGCAGACUCAGUAGAAACUAUUAGAGAAUGGGCUGAAGAGCGCUGUAAUGGGAAGGUGGAUAUAGAUGAUGAGCCAACGGCAGACUCUGUAGAAACUAUUAGAGAAUGGGCUGAUGAGCGCUCUAAUGGGAAGUUGGAUAUAGAUGAUGAGCCACCAGCAGACUCAGUUGAAACUACUGGAGAAUGGGCUCAUGAGCGCUCUAAUGGGAAGUUGGAGAUAGAUGAUGAGCCACCAGCAGACUCAGUAGAAACUAUUAGAGAAUGGGCUGAUGAGCGCUCUAAUUGGGAAUUGGAUAUAGAUGUUCAGCCACCAGCAGACUCAGUAGAAACUUUUAGAGAAUGGGGUGAUGAGCGCUCUAAUCGGAAGUUGGAUAUAGAUGAUGAGCCACCAGCAGACUCAGUAGAAACUAUUAAAGAAUGGGCUGAUGAGUGCUCUAAUGAGAAGUUGGAUAUAGAUGAUGAGCCACCACCAGACUCAAUAGAAACUAUUAGAGAAUGGGCUGAUGAGCGCUCUAAUGGGAAGUUGGAUAUAGAUGAUGAGCCACCAGCAGACUCAGUUGAAACUACUGGAGAAUGGGCUCAUGAGCGCUCUAAUGGGAAGUUGGAGAUAGAUGAUGAGCCACCAGCAGACUCAGUAGAAACUAUUAGAGAAUGGGCUGAUGAGCGCUCUAAUUGGGAAGUUGGAUAUAGAUGA